ACGUUCGCCUUCGUCGCGAUCUCUUCAAGAUGCUAACCACUCCCCACAUUUUCCACUUACGUUACCACCUGUUGCUUCCUUGUGCGGACCAAGCCUCUUGUCAUCAUCACCAAGCUUUCGGCGUCGUUGUGUCUUGUGAUUGCAGACCGCCCUAAUAUCACCGAAACGCUAACAUCUACCCCACGGAUCGACCAAACAACUCUACAUAAAAGGCGAACACCACUCUGCAUCAGAAAGAGAGACUUGCAGUCGCUUCAGUCGUCCCAUACAACCUUGGGAAGCAAGAGAAGAUAUUUGUUAAGCUUUGCCGUCAAGCUUCGCCGAGAGUUUAGCAGAGACAUCGAAGAAGCCGACAUAGCCGUUCGCCGGGUUUUGAGGGUCCGUUCAGCGUUCGGUGGCCGGCCAUGCCUACCUUGGCGGUCAACAACUUCAACAUUGUCUGUGCGACAUUGGGAGGGUUCAUCACAGUUUUCGGCCUUGUUAGCUAUUUGAUGAAAGAGAAGUAUUAUCUUAGUGAAGCCUUAAUAUCACUCAUCGCGGGACUCAUCUUUUCACCGCAUGCGACAAAUUGGAUCAAACCAGAAGAAUACGCUCUUAAUGAUGUCGAAGUGCUGGAUACCAUCACCCUAUACUUUACGCGCCUGGUGCUAGGGGUCCAACUUGUCCUCGCAGGUGUGCAACUUCCGUCAAAGUACCUGAAGACAGAAUGGAAGAGUUUGGCUCUGCUACUCGGUCCGGGCAUGACGUUCAUGUGGCUCGUGACCAGUCUGCUCGUCUUCGCCAUGGUCCCGCAUAUCAGCUUCCUGCAUGCCCUGGCCGUAGGCGCUUGUGUCACACCCACGGAUCCUGUGUUGUCCAACUCCAUCGUCAAGGGAAAGUUUGCGGAUGCAAAUAUUCCAAAAGAGCUGCAGAAGAUUAUCGUAGCUGAAUCAGGAGCUAAUGAUGGCCUGGGGUAUCCGUUCCUUUUCCUACCACUCUACCUUAUUGAGCAUAUCGGCCAUGGCGGCCAGGGCUCAGACAAUAGCACUAGAGUUGCAGUAGGCCUGUGGUUCGGUGAGACUUGGGGCUACACAAUCAUACUCAGUGUCGUUUACGGAGCUGCCGUGGGUUGGAUUGCGAAGGAAUUACUGCAUUGGGCUGAAGAGCGGAAGUACGUGGACCGCGAGAGUUUCUUGGUGUUUGCAAUCACCUUGGCUCUCUUCAUUGUUGGCACAUGCGGCAUGAUUGGUAGCGACGACGUGCUUGCCUGCUUCAUCGCUGGCAACACGUUUACAUGGGAUGACUGGUUCCGCCUCGAAACGAUGGACGACUCAUUCCAGCCCACCAUUGAUAUGCUCUUGAACGUAUCCAUCUUCAUCUGGUUCGGCGCUGUCUGCCCAUGGCGUCUCUUCGCGCAUUCGCCUGUCAUUCCCAUCUACCGACUCAUUCCCUUGGGUAUCCUCGUACUAUUGCUCCGCCGUCUGCCCAUCAUUUUCGCUAUGCAUAAACAGAUUCAUCAGAUUGAGCAAAAGCGACAAGCACUCUUCGUGGGCUUCUUCGGUCCCAUCGGCGUGAGCGCCAUUUUCUAUCUCUACAUCAGUCUCGAGUUUCUCGCCAAGAUCAAAGUCGAUGGUGAAGUCAGGGAAGAUGCUGCAUACCUCAUGGAAGUCAUGAACGUGGUCAUUUGGUUCUUGGUAAUCUGCUCAGUUGUAAGUUCGCUCAUCUUUGGUAAUCCCAGAGCCUUGUUUUCUAACCUCAGCCAGGUCGUUCACGGUCUAUCCAUUCCUCUCGGCAAAGUCGGUUUCUUCAUCCCUCGCACCCUGAGCACGGCCUUGUCCUUUGCCCGCACAGGCUCCACCUCCCCCGACGACGCCAGUCCCGCUUUUCACAUCGAGGGAAACGACCAGACCACCACCGAUGCCGAAGCGCGCGUUCGCCGUCGUCCAGGCUGGUCUCGCAACGGUGGCGAUUCGCUCCCAAACCGUGUCGUGCGCAUCGGCAGGUCUAUAAUUAGUUCCGGAACUAGCUCGGCGAGUACAUCGAGAGCAACAUCGAGAGCACCCAGCAUAAGCCGCUCAGCUAGUCAGCCGCCAUUACCAAUGGGCAGUGUCAACGCCCUGGUUUCGGAUGGAGAGGGUGCGGCGCCGAAAGGAGGAGUGAAGGCUGGUGGUGAGAAUGGCGGGGCGCCGGGUCCAGCUGAAGGAGUCAUUCCUGGGAGGACUAUUCGAUUCCAUGAUGAGCAAAAGAAGACCAAGGUUGGAGAUGAAGAUUAGGGAACUGAUGUUCGACCUUUUUCCUGUGUUCGAUUCUGUGUGUUCGUGUCGAAUACAUAUCUGUGGCAUUUAGCGACGACAUCUGAAAUAUCUCAUAAUUUCCCA